AAGAAGAAGAAGAAGAAGAAGAAGGUGGUCGCUGAGGAGACCGGAGCCCCGACCACCAGAGGUUUGGGGCAGUGCCCAGUCUCCCAGCCAUGCCCACUGGCGGAUGAAGCCCGAGGGAAUGAUGGAGCAGCUGCAGAAGCAGCAGCCCCCAGCCCCGCUGCAGAUGGAGUCCCGAGAGAGGCAGGAACGGCAGCUGAGAGAAGCCCAGCUCCUCUACGCUCAGCAGCUGGCGGCCCAGCAGGCGAUCCUGACCACCACGUCCGGCAGGGCUUCCGGCGGCCCAGCCCUGGGGCCGCUAGCCAGAGGCCCGCCGGCCACGGGAGCCCCUCGGGCCUUCGACCAGAGCAGCGUGACCUCGGAGCCCGAUGACGAUGAGGAGGAAGGGGGCUUAGAAGAAGAGGAAGGGGAAGGCGAGGACCCCGAGGGGAUGGAGAAAGACAGCCAGGUGGCCCUGAAGUACUUCCCCACCCAGAAGGUCACCCACCUCGACUCCAGGGCGGCUCCGGCUUCCAACCCCGCUCCGGCGGCGGGGCUGCCGCGGGGGCCCCACGGGAAGGAAGGGCAGAGUAAAGACGCCCCCAGAGCGGCGCCUCCGGGCUCUCCGCCGGGACGGCCCACUUGGAACCUGGACGAGCAGCUCAAGCAGAACGGCGGUCUGACCUGGAGCGACGAUGCCGACGGAGGCCGAGGAAGGGAGAUCUCCCGAGAUUUUGCCAAGCUGUACGAACUGGACGGGGACCCCGAGCGCAAGGAGUUCUUGGACGACCUCUUCAUCUUCAUGCAGAAGAGGGGCACCCCCAUCAACCGGAUCCCCAUCAUGGCCAAGCAGAUCCUGGACCUCUACAUGCUGUACAAACUGGUGACGGAGAAAGGGGGCUUGGUGGAGAUCAUCAAUAAGAAAAUCUGGCGGGAGAUCACCAAAGGCCUCCACCUGCCCACAUCCAUCACCAGCGCGGCAUUCACCCUGCGGACCCAGUACAUGAAGUACCUGUACGCCUACGAGUGCGAGAAGAAGGCCCUGAGCUCGCCGGCCGAGCUCCAGGCCGCCAUCGACGGCAACCGGCGGGAGGGCCGGCGACCCAGCUACAGCUCGUCUCUCUUCAGCUACUCGCCCAGCGCUCCCAGCGGGCCCCCUUCGCUCCUCUCCCCGCCCAAGAUCCGCUUCCCCAUCCUGGGCCUCGCCUCGGGCGGUACCAGCAGCCCCCGGCCCGCGUCUUCGGCGGCCGCCCUCAGGAAAGGCGACGGGGUGCCCCUGACGGUGUCCGUGCCCAACCGCCUGGCCGUGCCCGGGCCCUUGGCGAGCCAGCCGGCGGGCGCCCGGACGGCCACCCUGGAACAGCUGCGGGAGCGGCUGGAGGGCGGGGAGCCACCGGAGAAGAAAGCGGCGGCGGCGGCGGCGCGCAUGUUGGAGGAGGAGCAGCGGCUGGUCCAGCAGGCCUUCCAGCGCAAUCUCUUCAGCGUGGCCCGGCAGCUCCCCAUGAAGAUCAAGAUCAACGGCAGGGCAGAAGAUAAACCGGAGGCGGCAACGGCAGCGGCACUAAACUUGUCCACCAAUGGGAUCGGCAGCAUUAACAUGUCCAUGGAGAUCAAUGGCACCAUCUAUGCAGGUGUGCUGUUUGCCCAGAAGCCCGCGGUCCACCCUCCGGCCGGCUCCGGCCCGCAGAGCGGCGGCGGCAGCGGCGGCGGCAGCAGCAGCAGCGGCAGUUCCCACUGCUCGCCCAGCCCUACCUCGUCCCGCGGCACCCCCGGCGCGGAGCCCUCCACCAGCUGGUCCCUCUGACGGACCCCCCCGGGACGGGACCCCCGGCCCUCCCCGCCUCUCCGGCCGGGGGAGGGCCCGCACAGAAUUAUUACCUCAUCUCACAGAACCCGCCCUCCCCACCCCAGAGCGUGCCCCCUCUCCUCUCCUCCCCGCGCGCCCUCCCAUCUUCCCAUCUCCCGGGGGCGGUGGGCGGGCAGCGUUGUCCAAUCAGGGAUCAUCCCAGGUGGCGGUGGGAAUGGGUCCGGAAGGGUCGUCGGGACAGGUGGCAGCAUGUGGCGGCCCCGGGGGUCCGGGGGAUGGCGGGGGAGCGUCUCCUCCGGGCUCCCGUGGGCGGCCUCCUAACCCAGGGCACAGUGUAUUGACAAUCUGAGAGUCAGGGGGUUGGCUCCCCUCCACCGGCCCCUCCCCUUUAAUUUAUUUCUCCUCCGAUUCCCCCUUCCCCCACGAGGCCGGGGUCACCGGCGUCCGCGAAUCCCCUGGGACCAGCGGGACCUCCGGGGUCAGCCGCCCCCUCAGAACCGAGACCCCCGGCCCCAGGAAUCGGAGCGAGGGUCUCCCUCCCCGCCGGGGGUGGACGGCGAGCUCCCGAGGCCGGACAACGGCGGCCCGUGGGCGGUCUCCCACCCAUCCCCUUCCACCUGCAGACCCAGGGGCUUCAGGCCCCCCGCCCUUCCGCCCAGAUCCCCCCGCCC